UCUUUUGACUGAAGAAGACUAGUGUGCCCAAUGUAUGUCCGUAUUCAUUCUACCAUGUCAGAGAGAAAGAUGCAGUCCACGAUCUCUGAGACCCGAAGGUUCCUCUUCUAUGUGGUCUCCCUAUCCAUCUUCCUUUUGAUCUUCUCUUGCUUCACUCUAUGGAGAUCAAACAGUGCCAAUUCACUAAUUCCUGAAUCAGUCCUAAUGCUGAUGCUUGUUAAUAACACAUCAGUUCUUAGUAACAAGGGUGGUGGUGGCUCCAAAAGCAUUUCCAGUCUUCAAUCACUUGUUACACCUCCUACAUAUGUUAAAAAUACCAAACCUCCAUCAAAUAUUCGAGUAGAUUUUAAACAAAAUGCUCAAGAUAUGAAAGUUUGUGAUUCAAAUCAGGCUAUACUGAAGGUUUUUAUGUAUGAAUUACCUCCUGAGUUUCAUUUUGGAUUGUUGGGUUGGAAGGGGAAGAGCGGCCAGGCUUGGCCGGAUGUUAGUGAUGUGAAUAACUUGCCGAACUACCCUGGCGGGUUAAAUUUGCAGCAUAGUAUGGAAUACUGGCUGAUUCUUGAUCUUCUUGCCUCAGAUUAUCCUGAUGUGAACAGACCUUGCACUGCAGUUAGAGUACAUGACUCGAGCAUUUCUGAUGUGAUUCUUGUGCCAUUUUUCUCAUCUGUGAGCUACAACAGGCACUCAAAGCUUCAUGGGAAAGAGAAGGUUAGCAGGGAUAAGUUUCUGCAGGAUAAAUUGGUUAAGUUCUUAAGGAACCAGGAAGAAUGGAAAAUAUCAGGAGGAAGGAAUCAUUUGAUCAUGGCACAUCAUCCGAAUAGCCUUUUAGAUGCUCGGAGAGAGUUGGGGUCUGCAAUAUUUCUGCUAGCAGAUUUUGGAAGAUACCCUCAUGAAAUUGCAAACAUUAAGAAGGACAUAAUCGCACCCUACAAGCAUGUCGUUAAUUCUAUUGGGAAUGACUCCUCUCCAUUUGAAGCUCGGCCAAUUUUGGCUUACUUUCAAGGAGCUAUCAUUAGGAAAGAUGGUGGGAUGAUCCGACAAGAAUUAUAUCAGCUUCUAAAGAAUGAGAAGGAUGUCCACUUCACGUAUGGAACUGUUGCUGGAAAUGGUAUCAAUCGUGCAGGCAAGGGCAUGGCUUCAUCUAGAUUUUGCCUCAACAUAGCUGGAGAUACUCCCUCGUCGAACCGCCUUUUCGAUGCAAUCGUUAGCCACUGUGUACCUGUAAUUAUUAGUGACAACAUUGAACUUCCCUUUGAGGAUGUCUUGAACUAUUCAGAUUUUGCUGUUUUUGUGCAAGCUUCAGAUGCCAUUAAAGAAGGCUAUUUACUGAAUCUCCUUAGAGGGAUCAAUAGUGAACAGUGGACACAAAUGUGGAGAAGAUUGAAGGAAGUUGCUCCUCAUUUUGAAUACCAAUAUCCAUCCAAAGAUGGUGAUGCCGUUGAAAUGAUUUGGAAGGCAGUUGCUCGAAAGUCAGCAGCGGUUCGGUUGAGUAUUCAUAAGGAGAAUCGGUUCCGUCGGUCUCAAACCGGAGAAUAGAGGCUUGCAAUUAAAGGUAUUAAAUUCAUGUACAUGAUCACAAUUAGUAGUUUUAGAAUUCUCUUUUUAAUGUGAUGUCAUAUGGCUAUUGUUUAGUUAAACAAAUUUGUUAUAGAAUGUCUGGUUUGACAGAUUAAGUUAUUCACUUCAGUGAUAUUGAGAUUUUUUUCUACUGUAAAAGCUUAUGAAAUUUGUCCGUCAGUCAAAAA